AUGUUUGGCAUAAACAAAUUACCUUUAUUUUUUGAAAUCCGAUUGAUUUUUUUUCUUUCUUUUAUAGUAGUAGUUUUGUGGCUAGACUAAUACACUUUUAUUGUACUUUGUCCGUCCCAAUUUGAUUGACAUAGUUGACUAUUUCACGCAUCCGUGGUAAAAGAAUACCGUAAAAAAAGAAAAGAAAAUGUACUAGAGUAGACUUGUGAGCUGUGAUCCAUAACACAGAGACUUGUGAGUUGUGCAUGUACUGUACUUAUUAUCUAUCUGAUGAUGAUGACUUGUGAAUGUAUUGUAGAGUACUUCAGUUGUGGUUUGAGGAGCCAAUAAAUUUUUUUAGAAAAAAUUCCCUGAAACACAUCUUGGCGGUAGAUUUGAAAACCCUCCCUCUCUUUUUUCCACUCAAAAUUGUUUAUUGUUAUUUAUUCCCCCAAAAAUACAACACUUUAUUUCGCAUGUUUCAAAGCAGAAAAGAAACCCAAUAGUUAGGGUUGGUUCGGUUCACCGUUUUAUUAAAUUCUCAAACAAAAAUUCCUUUCUCUUCAUUUCAACCUUUUUCCAUGGCGGAUGAAAACAACACACUCUCACUCACACUAAAACAAUCCAUUCCCGACGAUCCACAAAAAACAACAGCUACUCUUGAUGACGUGGAACAAACUGUUAUUAAUAAUAUUGACGCUGAAACGACGUCGUUGAAGGACGUUGUAGUUGAUGACGUGGCAGCCGGAGAUUCUUCUUCUGUUAAACCUGCUUUGACGCCAGUGAUAUACGGUAAAAAGAAACGCGGAAGAAAGAGUUUUGCAGAAAUUGAGAGGAUGAAGAAAACGUUAGAGAAUGGAACGAAAGAAGAAAAUGGUAAAGGUGAUGAUGACGUGGCUACCGGAAAGAAGCGUGGUAGAAAGAGAAAAACGGAGAAGGAGGAAGAUGAUUCUGGUGAAGGUGAUGACGUGGCGGUGGAAGAUUCUGGUUCUAUUGAUGUGAGAAAGAGUGGACGGCCGAGGAAGAAGGUAACGUUUAAUGAGGAUGAGUAUUGGUCAGAUUUGGAUGAGGAAGUGAAGACUAAGGGAAAACGUGGUAGGAAGAAGAAUAUUAUUAUUGCUGCUGAAGAAGAAGGGGAAAAUCUGAAGAAAGUGGAGAAGAAGAAACCUGGUAGAAAAAAAAAGGAAAUUUUUAGUAUUGGAGAAGAAUUUGAAGCUGAACAAAAGGAGGAGGAAGAUGUGAAAAAAGUGGAGAAGAAGAAACCAGGUAGAAAAAGAAAGAUGAUUUCUGAAGAGGGGGAAAGUGGUGGUGUUGUAAAGGAAGAGAAGAACAAAUCUGGUGGAAAAAAUAAGAUUGAAGAUGAGAGUGAUGUUUUGAAGGAAGAUGAUCAGGACCGUUGUGAAGUUGACACAACUUUAUCUUUAGCUUAUAACGGUGAUUCUCUAAGGAAGAAUGCUGCAACAAAGAAACCUGAAAACAUUGAGGAUGAACUUGUAGGUGAAAACAAGUCUGAGAGGGAUGUUUUGAAGGAAGACGAUCAGGACCGUGGUGAAAUUGACACGACUUUAUCUCUUGAUAAUAAACGUUAUUCUCUGAGGAGGACUGCUGCAGUGAAGAAAAUCAACCGAAAGGUGCCGAAGGUGCAAAAAUCAACCGAAAGAACUAAGUGGAUUGAACAAGAGUCCUUAAUGUGCCAUCAAUGUCAAAGAAAUGAUAAGGGCAGGGUUGUCAGAUGCACAAAAUGCAAACGGAAAAGAUAUUGUGUAUGCUGUAUAAACAAUUGGUAUCCCCACUUGAAAGAGAAUGAAAUUGCCAAGGCAUGUCCGGUGUGCUGUGAUAAUUGCAAUUGCAAAGCAUGCUUGCGAUCAUCUACACUUAUCAAGGCAAUUAAAAAAAGCAAUCCGCAAACAAACAAAGAUGAUGAGGUUGAGCUCUCCAAGUAUAUGUUGAAAAAACUUCUUCCUUAUUUAAGACGAUUGGAUGAAGAACAAAUGGCUGAGAAGGAGAUAGAAGCAAAGCGACAAGGGGUCUCACUUUCUGAGCUAAAAAUAGAAGUAGCGGAUUGCCCUAAAAAUGAGCGGGUGUAUUGUGACAACUGCAAAACGUCAAUAUUUGACUACCAUAGAAGUUGUACGGAAUGCCCUUUUGACAUUUGUCUCAUCUGUUGCCGCGAGCUUCGUGGUGGGAAGCUCCUAGGUGGUGCUGAUCCAAUUGAGUUUGAGUUUAUCUUCCGAGGGCGUGAUUAUCUGCAUGGCGGAAAAGAAGAGAGAAUAAAGAAUAUUGAACCUCGUGCUGCUGCCCAGCCUGAAAUUCGUGAAUGGUCAAGAUCUGGAUGGCAUGCAUAUAGUGAUGGUAGCAUUCCCUGUCCAAAAGCCAAUAAUAAGUGUAAUCAUGGUUUCCUUGAAUUGAGAAGCAUACUUGGACCAAAUUGCAUCUCUGAGGUAGUAUGUAAAGCAAAAGAACUUGAAGAAACACUUAAUCUACGAGAUGCACAGGAGACUCUCGAUAGUAGGUGUUCUUGUUUGAAGCCUCUUAAGAAUGCAGAUGAUAUACACAAUCACAGAAGGAAUGCAGCUUCUCGUGAAGAUUCUAGUGACAAUUUCUUAUACUGUCCUAGGGCCAUAGAUCUACACAAAAAGGAUUUUAAACAUUUUCAAUGGCAUUGGGGCAAAGGGGAGCCAGUAAUUGUCAGCAAUGUACUUGAAUGUACAUCUGGUUUAAGCUGGGAACCACUUGUCAUGUGGCGAGCAUUCCGUCAGAUAAGCAAUACCAAGCACAAAUCACUUUUGGAUGUGAAGGCAAUUGAUUGUUUAGACUGGUGCGAGGCAGAAAUUAAUGUGCACCAAUUCUUUACCGGGUACACAAAAGGUCGCUUGGAUUGGGUUAAAUGGCCACAGGUUUUGAAAUUGAAAGAUUGGCCUCCUUCUAAUUUAUUUGAGGAAAGUUUGCCUCGUCAUUGUGCCGAGUUCAUAUCUUCCUUGCCGUAUAAAGAAUAUACAGAUCCUUUCAAUGGUGUUCUUAACCUUGCUGUGAAGUUGCCUCCUGGUGCUCUAAAGCCUGACAUGGGCCCAAAAACGUAUAUUGCUUAUGGAUUUGAUCAGGAGCUUGGGCGGGGUGAUUCUGUAACUAAGCUCCAUUGUGAUAUGUCCGAUGCAGUAAAUGUGUUGACUCAUAUUGCUAAAGUGGAAUUGGAAUCUGAGGGCAUUAAAGCCAUUAAGAAACUGACACCACAACACCUAAAUCAAGACAAGAGAGAGCUACAUCUUCAUUGUGAUAAUCAGGAUGGAGAGACCAAUGAUUGUGUUCUUGAUAAGUCAUCGUCUUCCAUAAAUGCUGAUGACGGCCUUUCUUCCGAAGUACAGCCCAAAGAGGUUGAUGAAGUGACCGUGAAAAAAGGGAAUAGUAAUUUGGUAGGGGGGGAUUCUUUGGAUGGCGCUCUCUGGGAUAUAUUUCGGAGAGAGGAUGUACCUAAGUUGGAGGAAUAUCUAAAGAAUCAUUUCAGAGAGUUCAGGCACGUGCACUGCUCUCCUUUAAAGCAGGUUGUUCACCCUAUCCAUGAUCAAACAUUUUAUUUGACUAUUGAGCAUAAGAAGAGGCUUAAGAAGGAGUAUGGAAUUGAGCCCUGGACUUUUGUUCAGAAGCUAGGAGAUGCUGUUUUCAUUCCAGCUGGUUGUCCCCACCAAGUCCGAAAUCUGAAGUCAUGCACCAAGGUUGCACUUGAUUUUGUCUCUCCAGAAAAUGUUGGUGAGUGUUUUCGUUUGACCGAGGAGUUUCGGAAACUUCCAAUCAAUCACAGGUCUGCGGAGGACAAAUUGGAGGUGAAGAAAAUGAUUGUAUAUGCAAUGCUUGAUGUGGUCAAAAAGUUGGAGAAAGCAAGGUCUGGAGAAACCAAGGAUCCAAAGUAGAUUGUAAAUGUAUCUGAGAGAUUGAAUCUAAUUGGGAAUGUAAAUUGUUGGAUGUGCUGAUCCAGGGUUCUUUUUGUUGUAACUGUGGGAAAGGAUCCCUAUUUUGUUCGAUCUGGCACACCUUGAUGAUAUACUUUUGAAACAUUAUGACUUGUAAUGCUGUACACUAAUGUGCUAAUCCUCGGGAUAGUCAAGGCUUUCGCAGAAGCUAAUGCUGGCAUUGUAUUAUUAAACUUUUGAAGGCAUUCAUAAUGAGAUCAUCUAAGUUAACAUGA